AUGGAAGAAGGGUUGACAGAAAGAAAAACGAAAGAUACAAAGAUGGCAAGCUCAAGCUCUAAUGAAAAUGUGGCAGUGGAAGCUGGAGAGGAAUACCCGUACACAUACCCAUACCCUUCAAAUCUUUCUGCAACAAGCUUUAUAAGUGUGAAACUAAGUGGCAGGGAUGAGUAUAUUAUGUGGAAAACACAGAUGCUAUGUCUCCUAAAGAGUCAUGGCAUGUUUGGUUUCAUCGAUGGGACACUGACCAUAAGCCCUCAAACCAGCAGUACUAGUGUUUCUGGGAAGGAGAAACUAGGUGGCGAUGAUCACAAUCACUGGCUGUGGACAAGAUCAGAUGCCCUUGUAAAAGAUUAUCUAUGCUCCUACUAUCCUUCCACAACUACUUCCACAAUUGGUUGUUAUUUAUAUAAGCAACAAGAAGAACAAAGAAGGGCAGAGAUUCACCACGAGUUAUACGAGGCUACUCUAUCAACAGAUUGGGGUCGGGUUGAUCGCAUUUUGAGUGGUGGAGUAAUUACAGUGACAGACAAAAUCACCAAAAAUGGCAACACAGCACUCUAUGUAGCAGUGGGUGGUACCAACAAACCCGAAUUCUUAGAGAGAUUGUUGGAAGUGACACCAAAUAUUAACACACAACUAUUGGAUAUGCAAAAUUCAGAUGGAAGCACACUGCUUCAUGUUGCUGCCAUUGUUGGCAACAAUGAAGCUGUAGACAUCUUGGUGGAAAGAAACUCAGAUUUGCUGCUGGCCAAGGACAGUGAGGGUCGGACACCACUUGCCUUAGCUCUUUCUAAUAUGAAUACCCAGACAGCCCGACAUCUUUUGGAGCACAUCAAUAAUACUGAUGAUAUACAGAAGGAUGCUCUGUUUUCUGGCACAACUGGUGAUGAGCUUCUUGUUACAGUUAUUUCUUCUAAAGAUUUUCGCUUGGCAAAUGAUUUGGUGAAGAGUUACAAAAUCUUUCAUAGUGAUGCUGUGCUGACAGCGAUAGCUCAAAAUUUCCCACCCGAACUCAAUAAAGUGGAAAAAUAUAUAGCGUUCGAUGUACGAAGUAUAACGGUAAAAGGAAUGCUAAAUUAUAUGGUUCCCAGAUCUAUUCUAUCAUGGGUUGUCCGGCUGAUGGCAAUAAUAUUCUGUCUAGCCUAUCCCCGGAUGAUUGGCUUUGUUAUACUUUACUUGAUGACCCUUAAGAUAUUAGGGUGGAUAAUAAUCAAAGAGAGAGUUCGAAACCAUUGUGCUGCUGAGGAACUAUCAAAGACCGUAUCUAGAUUGAUAAAAAAUUCCAAUGACCCCAGCUCUUACCAUCACUAUUACACAAAUCCUAUUCUUGAAGCCACUAGACAAAAUGCAUGCAAAGUUGUACAAGAUAUUGUGUCUUUCUUCCCAAAUGCAAUUUGGAGUACCAACGAAGAUGGUCACAACAUUCUUCAAUAUGCUGUGAUAAAUCGUUCAAUAAAGGUUUACAAACUACUACAUAAGAAGAGCGAACACAAGAAUAUGUACAGAAAUAUUAAAGACUCUUCUGGCAAUAAUCUGUUGCAUUUGGCUGCAAGAUUGGCACCUGACAACAAAUUAAAUUUUAUAUCCGGGGCAGCUUUACAGAUACAAAGGGAACUAAAGUGGUUCAAGGAAGUUGAAGGGUUUGUAUGUCCACUAAACAUCAAACAGAAGAACUCCUUCAACGAAACACCUCAAAUGGUAUUUACAAGAGAGCACAAGGAGUUAGUGAUUGAGGGAGAAAAAUGGAUGAAGGCCACUGCUCAUUCGUACACUAUCACAGCUGCAUUGAUCACCACCGUUGUAUUUGCAGCUGCUAUUACAGUGCCAGGAGGAAAUGAUAACAUGGGGAUACCAAAUUUUACUAACAAGACUGCUUUCAUAGUAUUUGCAGUAUCAGAUGCCAUAUCAUUAGUCGCAUCUCUUAUUUCAUUGUUCAUGUUUUUGUCGAUUCUCACUGCAUGA